AUGGAUCAACCGAGAGGAACGCUAGAAAAGCAGUCCAACACAGUGUCGGAUGAAACACCAAGCCAGCCAUCGCUUUCAAGCGACUCGAUACGAACUCGCGACAGCGAAGUGGCGAGUCAGCUUGAGGUGCAAGAGAAGAUGCAGCACGUAAUAGGAGACGGGGAGAACCAGGAAGAGACGGAUGAUGCAGCUCUCGAGCCAGUCCAAUCAAAACAUAGUGUAAGAGAUGCUUCGAGUAUACCAGACGGCGGUCUAUGGGCCUGGCUGCAAGUUCUAGGUGGUUUCUUCCUCCUCUUCAACUCCUGGGGCGUAAUUAACACAUACGGGUCAUAUUCUGCAUAUUACGGAACCACGCUCCUACCCAACACAAGUCCCUCGGCCAUAUCAUGGAUCGGCUCCAUCCAAGCCUUUCUACUCCUCGAAGUAGGCGCGCUCACGGGACCAAUCUACGAUGCCGGCUACUUCCGCGAACUCCUCAUCUUCGGGAGCGUCAUGCUCGUCCUCGGCCAAAUGAUGCUCUCGCUCUGCACAGAGUACUGGCAAAUUCUCCUCGCGCAGGGAUUUUGCAUCGGCAUAGGCACAGGCGCCCUGUUCAUCCCCAGCGUCGCUAUCCUCUCUACUUACUUCUCCACCCGCAUUGGUACAGCCAUCGGCAUCGCAGCGUCAGGCUCCUCCUUCGGCGGCGUCAUCUACCCCAUCGUCUUCCACAAGCUGCUGCCGAAAAUCGGUUUCGCGUGGACGACGCGCGUGCUCGGCUUCAUCGUGCUCGGCACCAUGAUUAUACCCAAUGUAGUCAUGCGCGUACGCGUUUUGCCCGCUAAAUCGCGCUCUUUGCUCGAUCUACCCGCGUUCCUCAUCCCCGCGUAUAGUUUUCAGGUGUUUGGGUUCUUUUGCGGCUUCAUGGGGCUGUAUAUGCCGUUUUUCUAUGCCCAGGUGUAUGCGAUACGACAACAUAUUACGAAUCCGGACCUGGGGUUCUAUCUGCUGGCUGUUAUGAACAGCACGAGUGUUUUCGGACGUAUUCUUCCCAACCUCUUCUCUGACAAAGUCGGGCCUUUCAACGUCGUUAUACCUUGCUGCCUCGUCUCUGGGCUUCUCUGUGUGUGCUUCAUGGCCGUCUCAAACACCGCGGGCAUCGUUGUUCUCAUGGCGUUCUAUGGAUUCUUUUCUGGGUCCUUUGUUAGUCUGCCGCCAACCAUCAUUAUGCAUCUUAGCACGGAUGCAAGGGACAAGAUUGGCACACGCCUAGGGCAGAGUUUCGCUUGCAUUGCAGUGGGGGUCUUGAUUGGGACGCCGAUCGGUGGGGCGGUGCUCGAUCGUAGUGGAUUUGAUGCCGUGUGGACGUUUGGGGGAUGCAUGUUGUUUGGUAGUGCGGCAAUGUUGGUUAUGGCACGGGUGGCGUUCAAGGGGUGGGGGUUGAUGAUUAGGGCGUGA